CUCCAUUGGUGGGGAACAGAGUUUAAAAGUUGAGGGAAAUAAUAUGAUUUUUUAAAGGAUAUUUAACUUUUAUAUUUAUUAUUGUUUAUUUAUUUUAAAGCGUGACUUUGUUGUUGUAGCUGUGACAUCGUUUCUGUUGUCGUUACUCCUCACACUAACAUCGAUAAUGUUACUAAUAGUACUGCGUCACUGCACCUGUGGCCGGUACGGCUGCUCUGACGCACCUGACCGGAAGUUGGGCCCUGCGGUGGAUUAGAACAGUGUGUGUGUAAAUGUUAGGAGUGGGAGUUUAACGCGUUAAUUUCGAGAACUAAAUCACAGAGUUGGUCAGUUCGUUAAAAACAUAACCAACCGGAUCGGAAUGUUAAAAAAAAGUACCGAUAACACCGCUGCACCUGAUGUGUUGAGCCAAAACAGGCUUCGUGUUAGCAGCAGUUUCCAGCUGCUAGCAUUAGCUGCUAACACUAGUCAACAUGGACGCCGGAGCUUCCGCCAUUCCCUCCUAACAAGAGCCAACAAAGUCGGCAGUCUUCACUGGACGACGGGUGGACAUUCUUCAGAGACAAAUGAACUGAUGCACCUGCUGCACAGGACGAGGUGAAAGAGUUCUCUGACUCUUCAGCCGUGACCGUGACCUGGACGUGUGACUGAGAACCUGUCCACAGCAGGUCAAGAAGAGGAGAAGCACACACGCCAGCUGUGCCUGCAUGAUGAUGAUGAUGAUGAUGAUGACGACGACGACGACGACGAGAGGAGACGAGCAAAGAAACACUAACUGAAGAUUCACACGGUCCCACGGUGAAGCCUUCAGCUGAAGAGAGACUAGUCCACAAGUGAAGUGUCUUCCUGCUGCCUGGACAUCUCUGGACAACUCUGGACAACUCUGGACAACUCUGGACAACUCUGGACAACUCUGGACAACUCUGGACAACUCUGGACAACUCUGGACAACUCUGGACAACUCUGGACAACUCUGGACAACUCUGGACAACUCUGGACAACUCUGGACAACUCUGGACAACUCUGGACAACUCUGGACAACUGUCACUGUAUAUAUUAGCCAAAGGCCAGUGGCUCCUCUGGACCGAGUCACAUGUACCGACGUGCACAUGUGACCCAACAUGAUUCAGUCAACAUUUAUUCAGCCAACAGAGAGGAGAGAGAGGAGAGAGAGGAGAGAGAGUCUCCAGUUACAGGACGCAGAGGUCAAAAGAGGUCGAGCCUGCGAUCGGAAAAGAGAUCCAGGUCACUGUCUGCGACGAGGAAAAAGUCGUCUGUGGAGUCACCAAGCACACCACGUGUGUAGAUAUGAUCCAGGCAUUACUAGAGGAUCACAGAUCAGUGCCGGAGAGUCAGAGGCACCUUCAGGGAGAACCCAAAGACUUCUGUCUGGUGGAGCGUUGGAAGGGCUUUGAGAGAGCGCUGCCUCCUCUCACCAGGAUCCUGAGACUCUGGUACGCCUGGGGCGACCAGAGUCCCUUCAUCCAGUUUAUUCUGGUCAAAACGAGCGAUUUUGUUCCACAGCCAACCAAGAAGGCUACGAGGUCUAAAGGAGCCAGACCGAAACGCUUGGAGCAAGGUCGUGCGGCUCAGUACGCCCAGUCUCUGCCUGCGGAAAAGCAGAAACGCAUGGUGAAGAAAGCUUUCAGGAAGCUGGAGAAGCUUCAUAACGAGAGCAAGAGCUCCCCUGGUGCUGAGGAGGUUCAGCGGAUGGUGCAACUGAUCCUGGACCAGGACCACACCAUUCGGGAGCAGAUCCAGCGCAUGAGGGAGCUGGAUGUGGGGAUGGAACGGUUUAAGCUGGAGGCACAAAGAGAAGCUUCCUGUGGAGGACAGGAAGUGGAACCGAGCGAGGAUCAGCUGCAGCGGUACCUGUACACCAGGGACGGAGUUGAACACCUGGAGCUGCAGUUCCAGCAGCACCAGGAGCUCAUCCUUCAGCUUUCCAGGGACAUAGACACAGAACUGAGGCGGGCCGCCUUCCCACUGGAGCAUGAUGAGGAGGAGGAAGAACAGGAAGGAGCAGCAUGUUCUUCCUGGACCUCCUCCAACACAGAGCACAGGAUUUAUUCUGCUGAACUGGAGAGGCUGCAGGAGGAGCUGAAGUGCAGCCUGUUUGACGGUGUGUCUCUGCACAACCAGGCUGCAGAGAUGGACAAGCAGCUCAAGUACUUUGACAGUACACUGGUCUCCAAGGACCAGGAGUGUUGGCAGCUGGCUGCACAGCUGAGCUCACUGCAGAUCGGGGAGAUGACAGAGGACGAGUCCGGUCCUCCGCCUCUGGAACACCAGACUCAGGGCUGCGUCUCGCAGCAGCAGACAGUCAAACUCAAACACAGUCUGUCCCCGCUAGACAUCGCAGACACAGACUCAGACACUGGGAUUAGUUCAACACACAGUCAGGACUCCCUGUCCCCGUGUCUGGACUCCCCCCCCCCACUGGACACAGACGUCUGAACAGGAACCUGCCACUUUAGGCCCUGUUGUUGUUAUCGUCACUGAGCGCAGGAUUACCACCUGUUAAACAUAUCAACACGUAAGGACCAGGCAAACACGUAUGAAAUAUGAAAAUAUUUAUUAUUGUUUCACACAAUAACAGCACUGUGUUCUCUACAGUGACAUGUAAAAAAAAAAAGUAGUUUAAUCCUCAGCACUGAUGUAAUGCCACAUAGAAAAGCACAAACUUUAGCAUCGUUGUUAGCAUCGGUGUUAGCAUCGUUGUUAGCAUCGUUGUUAGCAAAACAUAAUGUAACGUCACACAUCGUUUUAGAUCAUUAUCAAUGACUUUCAUCAAACGUCUCUUUAACGCAGCUGCACUGCACACAAAUAACUUGUUUUAUAUUAAAACACAAACUUCACUUCAGCACAAUAUUACAGCAAUACGUUCCUGCAAAGGUAAAUAUUUUAUAAGACAUUUUGAUAAAAGGAGCUAUUAUUUAUUUAUAACGUAUGUAUAAAAUGUGUUCUUUAAUGUUAAUGUUUUUGCCUUGCAGUUAAAAAAAUCACAGCAGGUUUUAGGAGAAAAUAUUGACAUUUUAACCAUAAUUAAAACCAAUCUUUGUUAUAUUUAGUAUCUUUAUGAUUAAUCAAUCUUGAAAUCACAAGUUAUGAUGAAGUAGAAUGUAAACUUUGACAAUUCUUUCAAUAAAUUCUCUUCUGCAAGUGUCAAA